UUAAUAUAGAAGAUACAAAAUUUAUGUCAUUAAAUGACUGUUCACUUAGAGAUUUAAAUUUAGGCGCGCAAAAUCAGUGUAAAGCUUUGGGAAUUGGUUGGUGUAACGUUACUGAUAAUUUCAAUUUUAACACUCAAUUACGCACAGACAAUAUUGACAAUACUCCCGUAACAAAACGAUUAAUAUUGUCUAUUGUUUCACAGAUAUUCGAUCCAUUAGGUUUGCUUAGCCCGGCAGUCAUCGUCGGAAAGGUGUUGCUACAGAGACUGUGGCUGUUGAAAUCAGAGUGGGACGAUCCUAUCCCUACUGAUAUAAUACAUACAUGGAACAGCAUUGUUGACAGCUUAAGUUAUCUUAGCACAAUUAAAGUUCCACGUCAUGCCUUUCAGUGCAAUGCUUUGCGCACCGAGCUUCACAUCUUUACCGACGCUUCUCAGACUGCAUACGGCGCCUGCGCCUAUGUACGCACUGUAUGUACUAAACAGGUAGUAGUCAAGUUAUUUUUAUCUAAGGCCAAAGUGGCCCCAUUAAAACCAGUGAGCAUACCUAGAUUAGAAUUAUGCGGGGCUUUAUUAGGAGCUCAGUUAUAUGAUAAGGAUUUUUCACCACUCACCCCUGGACACUUCCUGAUCGGCUGUCCUCUCACUGCGCCAGUCUGCGACGACGACCUGCGAGACGUUCCUAUCAACCGACUUUCACACUAUCAAAGAGUGGAGCAGCUAAGGCAACAUUUUUGGAGUCGAUGGUCAAAAGAAUACAUUUCCAAACUGCAGAUGAGGAGUAAAUGGAGAGAAACCGUAACCGACCUCAAACCUAACGCUAUGGUUUUGAUUAAAGACAUUAAUCUUCCGCCGUUGAAAUGGAAAUUAGGUCGUGUCAUUCGAACGAUACCCGGCAGCGACGGAGUUUCAAGAGUUGCCGACAUACGCACUUCAACAGGCAUCACGCGACGAGCAUACGCUAAGAUCUGCCCUCUUAACACAGAUGAUGACACUGAGCUGAAGAAGACGGUUGUAAGCUGAAGCUUUCAAGGCCGCGGGCAUGUCGAGUGGCAACAUUAGUAAUAAGCAAUGACUUUGACGUUUUAAAAUUACUGUUCCCCUCACCCCCUUUCCUCUAUAAAAUGUCAACUUCAAUUUGAAUUUUAAUAUAUUACUCUUGCUGAGAUUUUGCACCAAGAGACACCA